AAGUAUUUAACCCCGAGGGAGAGUGAGUAGACGCUGUCCCUGUGGCGAAGGUCACAUAUGAGUCAUGGUCCAUCUUCUCUAGCACUUGAAUCCUCUGCUUCCCUUUUCACCAAAAUACUCCAUUACACUCAACGCAGAAACCUUCCCAAAGGCCAAUCUCUUCACGCCCAUCUCAUUAAAACAGGUUCUUCCUCUUCUUGCAUAUACUUAUCCAACAGCAUUGUCAACUUAUACGCCAAGUGCCACCGCUUGUUGGACGCCCAUGUCGCCUUUCAAGAAAUAACAAACAAAGACGUCGUCUCAUGGAACUGCCUCAUCAAUGGCUACUCUCAAUUGGGCCGUCCAGAUUCAUCUCUUUCCGUCCUCAAACUCUUGAAGCAAAUGAGACAACUGGACGAAAACUCCCAUGUCCUCCCAAAUCCUCACACAUUUGCUGGCAUUUUCACCGCGGUUUCAACCUUGGGGGAGUACUACUCCUUUACAGGGAAGCAAGCUCAUUGUCUUGCCUUCAAACUCAGUUACCUUAACGAUGUAUUUGUGGGCAGUUCCUUGUUGAACAUGUAUUGCAAGGCUGGUGGUCAUCAUCUUGUUGAUGCUCGCAAGAUGUUUGAUGAAAUGCCUGAGAGAAAUUCUGUAUCUUGGACUACGAUGAUCUCUGGGUAUGCAUCACAGAGGCUAGCCAAGGAGGCUGUGGGAGUGUUUAGGAUGAUGCUAUGGGAGCAAGGCCGAGGGCAGGAUUAUGUGAAUGAGUUUGUGUUUACUAGUGUUCUUAGUGCUAUUGCAUUGCCAGAGUUUACCCCUGUAGGGAAGCAAAUUCAUGGUCUUUCCCUCAAGAAUGGAUUUUUGUGGAACGUUUCUGUUGCCAAUGCUACUGUUACUAUGUAUGCAAAGUGUGGGAGCUUGGAUGAUGCAUGUCGGGUAUUCGAGCUUUCCUCUGAAAAGAAUUCUAUAACCUGGUCUGCAUUAAUAACAGGUUACGCGCAGAAUGGGGACUGCGAGAAGGCCUUGAAGUUGUUUUCGCAGAUGCAUUUCUGUGGGAUGAAUCCGAGCGAGUACACUCUGGUUGGAGUGAUUAAUGCUUGUAGUGAUUUUGAUGCUCUUAGUGAAGGAAAACAGGUGCAUGGAUAUCUAUUGAAGUUAGGGUUUGAGCCUCAAAUGUAUAUUCUGACUGCGUUAGUGGAUAUGUAUGCUAAAUGUGGCAAUGUUAGUGAUGCCAGAAGAGGUUUUGAUUAUUUGAAAGAACCCGAUAUAGUUUUAUGGACUUCCAUGAUAGCGGGAUAUGUUAAAAAUGGGGAUAAUGAAAAUGCAAUGGGUAUGUACUGUAGAAUGCUGGUGGAGGGUGUUGUACCUAAUGAGUUGACGAUGGCUAGCGUGUUAAAAGCCUGUUCUAGCCUUGCUGCUUUGGAACAGGGGAAGCAGAUUCAUGCUCAUAUAGUCAAGCAUGGGCUUAGUCUUGAAGUUCCAAUUGGAAGCGCUCUCUCAACUAUGUAUGCAAAAUCUGGAAGCCUUCAUGACGGUAAUCUAGUCUUUAGGAGGAUGCCUGUGAGGGACUUAGUGUCAUGGAACUCAAUGAUGUCAGGUCUUUCACAGAAUGGCCGCGGCACUGAAGCCCUUGAACUUUUUGAAGAAAUGCUUCUUGAGGGAACAAGGCCAGAUUAUGUCACUUUUGUGAAUAUUCUUUCUGGUUGUAGCCACAUGGGAUUGGUAGAGAGAGGGCAAAAUAUUUUCAAGAUGAUGUCUGAUGAGUUUGGAAUAGAGCCUAGGCUAGAGCAUUUUGCGUGCAUGGUAGAUAUGUUCGGUCGUGCUGGAAAACUCUAUGAAGCAAAAGAGUUUAUCGAGUCAGCAGCAAAUCAUGUUGACCAUGGUCUGUGCUUGUGGCGUAUCUUGCUAAGUGCUUGCCGGAACUACAGAAACUAUAAAUUAGGUGCAUACGCAGGAGAGAAGUUAAUGGAAUUGGGUUCACAAGAGUCAUCUGCUUAUGUGCUACUCUCUAGUAUUUAUUCAGCUCUGGGAAGAUUGGAGGAUGUUGAACGCGUGAGAAGGUUGAUGAAUCUCCGUGGAGUAAGCAAGGAGCCUGGAUGUAGCUGGAUUGAGCUGAAGAGUCAGUUUCAUGUAUUUGUUGUUGGAGAUCAGUUGCAUCCACAAAUCAUAGAUAUACGUGAAGAGUUAUGGAGGUUAAGAAAGCAAAUGAAAGAUGAGGGAUAUAAACCAGAUCUCGAUCCUUGCUUAGAGCUGGGAGUUAUAAUGGACUGAUUCCAUGCAGAACAUAGAUGCUUUUCUGGAAAUUAUAUUUUUGCAGUGUUUCUUCUUCAAUCACGUUCUUCUUUUUUUUUUUUUUUAAUUCAUGUCAUUGCUUUCCUAGUUCCUUCUGAGCUUGUUAGAGAUGUUCUGCUUAACCCAUCUUUCGUUUAGUUUUCUUAUAACAAUGCUGCAUUCUAAUCA